GCGGGCACGAGCUAGGGCAGCCGGGCCUACGGAACCCACAUCUACCGAGUGCGAGCGUCCGUCAUCGAGACGAGGAGCGCCUCGGGUCGUCGCCUUGCGCGAGGCCCCAGGUCGGCCUGCUAACAUCUCGGAACCAGCUUCUACGCGUGAGGUUCGGGGUGACCGGGCGUCCGUCAUCGAAACGAGCGCCCUUGGGCCGUCGUCUUGCUCGAGACUUCGGACUGGACUGUUCCCGUCUACGGAGCUGUGGGACGCGUCCACCUUUUCCGACCCCGUGCUGCUGCGUCUGCUCUUCCAAGCCGGUCACCACGCUCCGGACUUCAACCCCAACCUCGAGACGAAAGUGGAAGAGGAGACGGCGAAUAUGCUUCGGAGGUUCACUGCACGGCACCACGCCAUUGUGAGACACGCCGUUGUCAGGUCCGGAGGGUGCGUCCUCCUUAUUCGAAGGAAUACAGGACUGUGACGGGACCUGUCCCAACCAUAUCGAGCUGCCUCAGCUGGGGGCGCGGCUGGGAAUGCUGGACAGUGGUCCUGAUGACCGCAACCGUUAUCAAGGCGUUCACCCUCCAUCGCGUGUGCAAUCUACUGGUCGAGGAAGCCAGAAAUGUAGAAGUGGAGAUCAGGCCAGGCUUUCUUUCCGAAGUUUUUUAUUGGAGAUUCGCUUUCAUCGCGGACAUAUGCCUGGCAGGUCUUCCCUACUACAAUGCCGACGAGAGCCUUCCGGUGCACGCAUUGUUAUUAUUCGAGUACCUACUAUUUUCUUCGUACUCACAACACCAGCAGCACAAGCUGAUGCUGCAAAGCAACAGUGGUCCGACGGGAUUCUUCAGAACUGCACGCGAGAGACUCAUCAGGCUCAGCGACUUUUUCGCAGACGUUCUCCUCAUAACUGGAUCGCUCAAGAAGAUCAUCGCAUUAUAUUUCAGCGAAAACAUUUUUUACCCAUUUUUUCUCAUGACAAUGCAUAUCAUUUUUGUUUGCUCGGAGGUGCUUGUGGCGUUGGUCCACAGCAUUUUUACUAUCACCACAAUGUGGUACCUGGCUUUUUAAGUAACACCUAUCCUUCCCACAGUUUCAAGCUGCUUGAGCUUUGGCAGAGGACGAGGUGCAUGGACGCUGAUUAUAUUAUUAACUGCUUGCAUCAAGGGCAUCUAUGUUAACCAGCUGGCUAACUUCUUGAUCAGUCGGGCUACACACGUGGCCGCAGACCUGCGGGACGAGUUCUCAUCGCAGUCAUCUGACCUGCGAUUUGCCCAAUUAGCUGACCUGGCGUUGGCGGCACUGCCUUUCGUCGACGCGAGAGAGCACUGUGUCCCUCAUGGCGGCUGCUUGGUGGUCUACCUGAUCAUCACCGUCCAUGUUAUUCGUCAGCAAAGAAAACUGCUGGCACAAGCACGACCCGUGGUCGCAGCGUGGUACCAACGGAUCUCAGACGUGCUGGUGCCCGGGAGCGACAUAAGCUCCUUCCUGUUGCUCCUUACUGGAGCAGCAAAGGAGCUGAUGGUGAUGUACUGCACGACGACUGAUUAUUACCCGGAUUCCGUAGUGCUGGCUCACUGCCUGUUUGUUUCCUUUGAAGUGGUGGUUGCGGCAGUCCACUCCCUGUUUUAUCUGACAACAAUGGUCUACUUUUAUAUAUAAGUGACGGGACCUGUCCCAACCAUAUCGAGCUGCCUCAGCUGGGGGCGCGGCUGGGAAUGCUGCACCGUGGUCCUGAUAAUCGCAACCGUUAUCCAGAGAAGUAAUCGCAACUGGUCGUAAGGAUUCUUCAGAACUGCACGCGAGAGACUCAUCAGGCUCAGCGACUUUUUCGCAGACGUUCUCCUCAUAACUGGAUCGCUCAAGAAGAUCAUCGCAUUAUAUUUCAGCGAAAACAUUUUUUACCCAUUUUUUCUCAUGACAAUGCAUAUCAUUUUUGUUUGCUCGGAGGUGCUUGUGGCGUUGGUCCACAGCAUUUUUACUAUCACCACAAUGUGGUACCUGGCUUUUUAAGUUACGGGACCUAUCCCCACUAUCUCGAGCUGCCUAAGCUGGGGGCGCGGCUGGGACUGCUGGACCGUGGUCCUGGUCGCUGCAACUGUUAUCAAGGCUUUCAACAUCCAUCGUCUCUGCAAUUUACUGGUGGAGAAAUCUAGAGAAGUGGAAAGCAACAUGAAGCCAGACUAUCUAUCAGAAUGCUUUUAUUUGAGGUUUUCCUUUCUUGCGCACUUAUGCCUGGCAGGGCUGCCUUACUUUAACGAAGAGGAGAGCUUGCCAGCGCAUGCCGCAUUAUUAGUCGACUACUUAAUAUUAUCGUGCCACGCCCAGCACCAGCAGCACAAGCUGAUGCUGCAGAGCAAGACUGGUCCCACGGCUUUCUCGGCGCCCGAAGUGGCUGCAGCUCGGAGCCGGCUCACGCAGCUGCAGGACUUCCAGGCCCAGCUGGAACAGACGUGGCGCGGCAUGCGCUGGAUCAUGGACGCCCUCUCGUUCGCGCGCGACCACUCGCUCAACGGGGGCCUCCCCAUGAGCGCCGUGUGGACGACGCCCGGCUCGACGGCGCCCUCUCCCACGUCGACGAGCCCUACGCGGCGGCGCCAGACGCAUCCGUCCAUCGUGUCUCCUUCGACGGUGUCCGCGCAGGCGCGGCGUGCCUCCCGCGUCGACGAUCUCAUCGACGCCAAGCUCUUCCUCACGGUGGGCGGUGUCAACGCCUCGGGAGGGUCAGGCGGCGCGUCCGUGGAGAUCAGGCGCUGCGCGUCGGCAUCUCGGUUGGUGCUGGAAAGGCCGCAGGACGACAUGGACGACAUCGAGGAGACGUCCUCGACCGAGGCGCGCGACGAUCCCACUGGCAACGUGUCGUUCGACAUCAACGACGAAGACGAAUAUAACGAGGAGAGCGCGGAAGACACCGUGAUGCCCACGGCGGCGCUGGCGCCCAGUGUCCUCAGGAUGUACGCCGCGUACGAGUCGGGUCUCCCGCCUGGCACUAGCAUCAAGCUCCACGUCACGCCGGAGACGACAGCCCGAGAAGUGGUCGAGCUCGUCGUGAAGCAGCUCAACACCGCCGUGGUCGCCAAGGCGGUGUUCUACAACGUGCCUGUUCUGCACCUGUGCUGUUCUACAACGAGGACCGCAUCCUGGUCACCACCGAGGAGACGCUACCCAUUUUGGACGUGGACGACUGCUACCCGGCCUCUUUCCAGACUGACUUCCACUGGCUCAUGAAGGCAAGAUGACCGGCAUUCUUUGUGCACCUAGCUCUGGAGCUCGUUAUAUAGGCACGCUGGGCAGGCGGGCUGCAUAUGUAGUCAGUAUGGUCGGGUAAGCAGGCUGCGCAGGUAGGAAGUCAGGCUGGCAGGCUGAGCAGGCAGGCUGCAUAUGCAGGCAGAAUGGUCAGGCAGGCAGACUGGUGAGAGAGGCUGCGCAGGUAGGAAGUCAGGCUGAGCAGGCAGCCAUGUUGUGCAGGCUGGCUGCACAUGUAGGCAGGCUGCGCAAGUAGGCAAUCAAGAUGGUCGGGUAGGCAGGCUAGUCAGGCAGGCUGCGCACGUAGUAAGUCAGGCAAUCAGGCAAGAUGGUCAGGAAGGCAGGCUGAGCAGGCAGCCAUGUGCAGGCUGGCUGCAGAUGUAGGCAGGCUGCGCAGGUAGGCAGUCAGGCUGAGCAGGCAGAUAUGUUGUGUAGGCAGGCAGAUUUAUUC